GCUGGACAGCUCACAGUGUUGAUCGCACGCAGGAUUUCUCUUCGGGACGAAUCAUAAUAAUAAUAAUAAUCAUUCCUCAGCAUGGCUCAAGCUAAAAUACAGGCGAAAAUGAACGAAGCUGCCUGCAGCAAAUUCAACAGGACGCUGUCUAUGGCAGAUCGCUCCGCACAACUCCUGGAAAGUUUAGAUCAGCUAGAAAUAAGGGUUGAGUCUUUACGCGAAACAGCCUCGGCCAUGGUGCAGGAAAGGGAGUGCAUCCUGGAAAUGAUCCAGACCAUACAGAAUGGACAGGAACUGAGAAACAUCAGUGCUGGGGAGAAAGAAGAGUUGAAUUUAACUGCAAACCGUCUCAUGGGCCGGACCCUGUGUGUGGAGAUCUCUGUUGGCACGAUCAGAAACUCCCAGCAGGAGGAGGCGCUGCGCAAGGCCACGGCUAUAAUCGAUGAAAUAGUGAAAAAGUUACUGAAUGACAUGGAGAGUGGCCGGCAGCAGCUGAUGGCCCUGCAUGCAGCCUGUGUGACCGAGGCCCCUCCCGUCCCCAUCGACCAGAAGUUUCAGGCUGUCGUGAUCGGCUGCGCUCUGGACGACCAGAAGACCAUCAAACUAAGGCUGGAGACUUUGUUGAGGAACGUUGAAAAUGCUGAAAAGAACAUCAAGAUUAUGGAUCACCAAAAACUAGAGGAUCCAAAAGCCAAUGGCUGUCCCUAAGACGUGUCACCAAAACAUAAAAUAUGUCUUAAAUGCCACUAACCUCACAGAGAACUGUUUUAAUCCUGUACUAUCUUUUAGAGGGACUCUACAUGUAGCAGCAAGACUAGUCCCUCUGGGAAAAAUACAAUGAUGCUGAACCUUAGGGCCAAAAAGCACAACAGACAUCGUUCUCCCUGAAGGAAUAUUACAGUGACUUCAGGGCACAAUCAAGUUUUAUCAUCAAAUUAUUUGAAUAUACGCUGAUUGUUUGUGUAUGUGCACUGAAGAAAGACAAAAAGAUACAAAGCAUAGUGCUCCUUUGAAAGUUUGGUCACAGUUUGUUGUAAAUUCCAGACUCUAAUGUUGAAGUACCUUUUUCUGUUGCAGUGUCUCACCUUUUAAAUCAGGCACCUGUUAAUGAUUGUGUACACUACCUCUGUGUGUGAGAAGGCAACACCACUCACAUUACGCUGUGGAUUUUAGUUCAUAUUUGCACAAAGCUGUUUUGAUGUCAGAAUACGUGUCAAACACAUAAAUAAAAAACACAUUGUCUAAUAAGUAUUAAAGAGAGGUCUUCUGUCAAGGGUUCAUACUUUUUUUGUAUUUAUAAAGGAUCUGAAUACUUCUUUCAUGACUGGCCAUCAAUUAUUGUGUGAAGUUAGACAGGUGAUAGUAUAAUAGUGCUGCGGUCACAUGCCAGUCAGCUAUAAACAUCUGGAUAAGUUUGCCAGUAGAAAUGACUCAAGGUC